AACUGUAUCAGCCCACAAGAACUUCGUUAACCUUUCCAUCUUUCCAAAGUCCACCCCCCAUCAUUACCACCUUCUUCCCCUUCCUUCCUUCUGAUCUUACCAUUGCUCUAUAACUCACCGCGUAACCACCGAAUCCCCCCACACCCUCCAAAUUCACACGCGCAAAUCUUCAUUGUCGAAAAUGCCUCCUAAAUCUUCUUUUCUCCUUCACAGAAUCGACCACGAGGCCUCCGCCGUCCCCCACCGCCGCCUCUGGGACGAUCCUCUCGCCGCUUCUUCCACCGCCACCAUACCCGACCAGGUGGCUCGCUACCAUACCCACGCCAUUUCUCCCAACCAGUGCUGCUCCGCCGUCACGCAGAACAUCAUCGCCCCGGUUCCCACCGUCUGGUCCGUCGUGCGCCGCUUCGAUAACCCCCAGGCUUACAAACACUUCGUCAAGAGCUGCCACGUCCUCGUCGGAGACGGCGACGUCGGCACCCUCCGCGAGGUCCACGUCAUAUCCGGCCUUCCCGCAGCCAACAGCACGGAGCGUCUUGAGAUCCUCGACGACGAGCGCCACGUUCUCAGCUUCAGCGUCGUCGGCGGGGAGCACAGGCUGUCCAACUACCGCUCCGUGACGACGCUUCACCCCUCCGGCGACGGCGAGGGCACGGUGGUGGUGGAGUCGUACGUGGUGGACGUGCCGCAGGGGAACACGAAGGAGGACACGUGCGUGUUCGCGGACACGAUCGUCCGGUGCAACCUACAGUCACUGGCGCAAAAGGCCGAGGACCUGGCCAGACGACUAAACGACAUCCACCAUUAGCAAAUUGUUCUUCGUAAUUGUUCUUUGUUCUUUUUUUUUAUUGAGAUAUUUUCCGAAUAUUAGAAGUUCAAUAGUAUUUUAUUAUGUUUCUGUAUUCUUGAAAUAGGGCACCGCCUUGUUUUGUGGCUUACCGAUUACGAAGAUAGCAAGUUGGCUUCUUGGACAUGGCUGGCUGUCUAGGUUUUUUUCUUUUGUUUUUUUUUUUUGGGGUUUGGGGUCAACUCUAGCUGUCUAGUUUUUGAGUUGUCUUAGCUUGCAUGAAGUGAGAUCACGCUUCACCCUGCAAUGCAUAUGAUAAUUGAGUGAAUUAUAUGUGUGCGGGCAUCACUAGCUAGUUUAAUUAAAAAGAAAAAAAAAGAGUUG